GCCACAGAAUCACAACAUAGAUGGAUUGUGGUUGACAGUUGCAUUCAUCUGAACAUAUAUCCGCGUUUCAUCCCAAUCUGUAAUACUUAAAGUUGCCUUCAAUACAUCAAGAAGGCAAGAAUUUUAUCGAAGAAAUGGUUGAACCAAUAUUCGAGUAUCAAUUCCGUCUGAUUUUAAUAGGAGACAGCACAGUUGGCAAAUCUUCCCUACUAAAAUAUUUCACAGAAGGAAAAUUUUCUGAGGUUUGUGAUCCUACAGUGGGAGUUGAUUUCUUUGCUAGGCUUAUUGAGGUGAAACCAGGCGUUCGUGUUAAGCUACAGCUUUGGGACACUGCAGGACAGGAACGUUUUAGGGCUAUUACAAAGUCAUACUAUAGAAAUUCUGUUGGAGCUCUGCUUGUCUAUGACAUUACGAAGCGUGUCAGCUUUGAGAAUCUCACAGGGUGGUUAGAAGAAGCAAGACAGCAUAUAGAACCCAACAAGGCAGUCUUUCUUGUAGUGGGACAUAAAGCAGAUGCUGAGGAAGACCGUCAGGUGACAACAAGAGAAGGAAAGCUUUUAGCAGAACACAAUGGCCUGAAGUUUCUUGAGACAUCUGCUGUAACUGGGUUGAAUGUAGAAGAGUGUUUUUUGACUGUUGCCAGAGAUGUUUAUGAACUUCUUGAACAAGGAAAGAUUACUGUGGAAGAGGGUUGGGAAGGUGUAAAGAAUGGAUAUGCACGCCCUAGAGAAACUUUUCAUGUAAUGGAAGGUGAACCAGAGGGUGGAGGAUGCUGUUAAAUUAUUUGAAGUAUUUGUGUAGUAUUUGUGAUAUUGGGUUUGUCAAAUGUUCGUGGUACUGUUCAUACAUGUACCAAGUUGUACAAGCAGUAUUUAUUUUUCACACUUGAGUCCUGUAUCCUAUUUAUGCAUACUGUAAAAGAAUCUGCUUUUUUAAAGUUCUACAGAAAUUUGUUUCAAGUUACUCAUUUCUAUAGAGGAAGUUAAGCUGAACUAUCCAAAGCAAGUAAUACUCAAAUGUAGCUUGAAACCAAGAGAACCUAGAUUACUCAUCAGUUCAAAAUAUGAUAUCAUGGUGAAACUUGGGCACUAUAACUGAAUGGUUUACUAUGGCUUUAAGUUCAAGCAUGUUAACUGAUGAAAGAUUUAUGGGCAUUGCCAGGUGCUUCAACUUAUCAACCAGAUAAUGCAAAAUGCCCAUGUGCUGUGUGUGGAAAUGCAUGUUCAGGUGUGUACAUCAAAUCCCUUACCAUAUAACAACAUAUCAUUUAAAGUUCAGUGAGUUACUGUAAAGGAAAAUAUUCAUAAGAUAUAACACUUUUGCAGAUAUAUUGCUGUACACAUUUACAAGGAUUGAUCUGGUUUUGCUUAGAUUAUAGGGUUAUACACAUUGCAGUGCACCAAUAUGUGCAAGUAUUUUAAUGCAGUGCAACAAGUUCAUGUUCAUAAUGAAUUUGUAUGGUAUGUACAGGGACUCUUGCUGAAUGCAGAUUUACAGACUAACACACCUCCUGGUGUUGAGUACAACUUAGAUAAGCUGUAUGCUGGAAACAAGAUAAGGUGUGUUAGUCUGUUAAUCUGAUUGCAUUCAGCAAGAGUCCCCAUGGAGUGAGUGCAUACUAGCAACAUUAUAAAUGGCCCUUUAGAUCAAAUAAUUACUCUUAGGAGUUUUUCAUGACUACCAUAAUGGUAUACCAAAGAGAUGUUCAUGUGUAAUGGUAUAGUUCACCAAAGUCCUUGAAUUCCUGUUUUUGAGUUUUUGAGAGUUUGACUACAUGUAGUGUGUUUGUUUAGUAAAGAUUGUAUUAUUGAUUGCAUAAUAAUGCAGAGUAAAUGAAAAGAGAUAAAAUGUUUGCUACCAUCUUGCUCUAAGACAAGUAGGAAUUUGUAUUCAGUUGCAUAAUUUAAGUAUGAACAGCUAGAUACAUUUGGACAGAGGCAGACAGGGACAUGCUCUGUGUGGAUAGUGUACUUCAUGCAUGCUUCAAACCCUAUAUUAAGAAAGUUAACUGUGUCAGACCCACUUCAUCCCACUGAACUGGCUUUUGGCGUAACUUGUUAUAAAAAGUUGAUAUAUUUCCUGGCUUGGAUAGGAAAAAUCUGAGAAGGCUGAAGUUCAGAUUGUGUGAUGACUGUUGUAAAUGGGAAGGAAAUAGUUUUCCUGUAUACAGCUUUUGUUACCUUUGAAAGAAUGUUUUAUUGAAUAGGUUAUUUUGUAACUCUCAAAAUUACAAACAGGAAGUAUUGACAAGGAACCUAAAGUAAUGUUUUUCUCAAGGUUUAUGCCAAAUGUUUUUUCCUGGUUUUUAUAGUAAAUUAAGAUAAUGUAGGUAAUCUCUUUAGCUGAAUGCAAAGUUGAUGGUCUAUAAUGGCAUUUGGACUUGUAAAUAAUUGCACAGUGCACAGCCCACAUGGGUGUCCCAUGUAGAUAUUUUGAAUUUUUUUAUACAACGAUAGUGCAAUAGGUCAUGUAUUAUGAGUACAUUUGUUUAUUAUUUAUUAUAUUGUUAUUUAGGUUUUGAACCUAUCUUGUAUUUAUUGUCACAGCUUACAUUUUCGAAGUCCAUCAUGCACAGUAAUUGUUAGCCCAGGAAGUAUGUGUUAUCUUGUUUAAUCUUAUAUAAAGAUAUUGUGGAGUGUACAAUGGAUGUUGUAUGAAAUGUUAACAGACAUCAAAUGUUAAUUGGACAUAAUACGUCAUUAACUUUUUUGUGGGGGGGGAGGGGGGGUUGGUAGAGAUGGUCAUUCAAAUUCAAACAUAUUACUAUCGUAUACCUAAUUUUACAAAAAAAUCCUUGUCCUCCUUGAUGAAAAAUUUCUAUUGCUUUUAAGCUUAAUUUUGUGAUAUGAUUUUGUCUUUCAAAAAAGUGCCACAUUUUUUGUCUUAUUAUUGUUUUCCACCUUACCUUUUAUCUUUUAAGAGUAAAAAUUACGUAAGUACAUAGUUUUGCAAUUGGCUUUCUAAGUUUCAUUACCUAGUGCAUUUUAGGCUGCAUUCAGAACAGUGGAUUAACUAGUCCGAGGGUCAAAUGUGGCCAACCCACUUGAAUACUUCCCCAAGAGCUAAUUAGACGGCACGUUUUUUAGUGGGUCCCCAUAUUUGACCCACGGGCCAGUUAGACCCCAUUCCCAGAGAUUAGAUCGACCUAACUCCCUGGGGGUUCACGCUAAAUAGCUGUCAGCCGAGCGGGCA